ACCACAAUCUCCGCGCGCGAUUUCGAAGGGAUGUCGCGUGCUGUGGUGCUCCUGCGUGCAGCCGUUCUAUAGCACCGUUCUGUGCAUUUUUUACAACUCGUUUUACUUGUGGCUUUCGAUCAAGCUAAGCGACAUGUCGAAUGCUAAACGACCGCGAACUGAUGAAGAUGCAGAUCCGGACGCGAAUGACUCGAAACGAAUUCUCGUCUACCGCAACGGAAACAACACUGAAUGGCAGGUGUUCACCGUCCCGACUUCUCUGGACAAGCUGCUCGAGGAGAUCGGUGCCAAGUUCGGCCUUCAAGCGAGGCGCCUUUUCACCAAGAAUGGCGGCGAGAUUAGAAGCAUCGACGAGCUGAGGAAUAUGGACGUCCUCUACGUCUCGUCGGGCGGGGACUUCAUUUCUGCUCCAGCAAUGCCGGUGCCUUCUCUGCCGCCUGGCAACUCGGAGUGGGUUCUCCUCAACGUGGGCGGGCAGUAUUGCGCCACCACUAAGACCACGCUCACUUCCUCGGAUCCCCGUUCCAAGCUCGCCGGCAUCUUUUCCCAGGGACCAAACGCAGCGGACUUCGCUGUCAAGAGGGACGCGCAGGGCGCCUACAUGUUUGACCGUGACCCGGUGUACUUCAAGCCGGUGCUCAACUAUCUUCGCUACAAGAAGCUCGUGCUCGACAGGGGGGUGUCAGCAGCAGGUGUUCUGGAGGAAGCCAAGUACUUUGGGAUCGAGAGCCUGGUCAAAGACCUCGAAGCCCUCAGCAAGGGAGCUCUGUACGACGGUAACGACUCGCAGGAGGAAGAGAGAACCGGCGACAAAGACGACGCCCAGCCCGGUCUCGGUUUGGGCCCUGGCGAGCGCGGAGGAAACCGGCCGCUUACUCGGGAUGACGUCAUAUACGCCACUGCGAGGAUGCCCGUUGCCGACAUUCGUUUCCAGGCCGCGGACUUCACGGGCGCCGACCUUUCGAGCCUGGACCUGCACCGAAUCAACUUCAAGUGGGCCAAACUGCGCAACUGCAACCUAUCCCACACCAACCUCAGCCACUGCUGCUUCGAGGGCGCCGACCUGAGCGGAGCCAAACUCGAGAAAGCUCAGCUUCUCGGGGCAAAGUUGAACAAGGCUAACCUGUCGGGAGCCAACAUGAAUCACUGCAUCCUGGGACAACAAGGCGAUAUCGCUUCCAACAGUGCUGACCUCGAAGGGGCCAACCUGCAGGAUGCCGUGCUGGACGGGAGCAACAUGUACGGCGUCAAUCUCAAGGGGGCGCUCCUGAAGAAAGCCAGCAUGGUAGGCUGUGACAUGCGCAGCGCAGUCCUUACCGGCGCUACCAUGGUGGACUGCAACUUGUCCAGCUGCAACCUGCAAGACGUGGUCCUCGGCUAGUGGCUGGCGACACGCGACGCAUCUUCUCGCAAUCCCGGCCGAAGAGAGGCGCCAUAUCGCAAUUAUCUAAAUGAACCCCUCCAAUUUAUGGCGUAGA